AAGAAUUUUUUGAAGGAGAGGAGUCAAGUUGAAUGUGCAAUGGCUGAUGGUAUGUAAAGCUAAAUAAUAUACUCUAUGUGACAAUGAUUUAUGAGAGCGUGAGAGAUGUGCAUGUUGUGUGUACGUGUGUGUAUGGCGUAAACGUUCUUGAUUGAGCUAACGUCAUGCAGGCCAGCUCACUUCGUUCUUCAGGAAGAAGACUGCCAUGCCCCCCUCAACUACCACCCACACAACCACCCCCGUGUCUACCACCUCCACCCCCCUCACAACCGCCCCCGUGUCCACCACCUCUACCCCCCUCACAACCGCCUCCAUGUCCUCCACCCACACAUGCACCACCUAAACCACCUCCACCAAGGACGUCACAACUGGACCCCCCAGCCCCACCUGACGACAAACCAGAUGCCAAAACAUCGCCUGACAAGACAACAAAAGAACAAAUCCCAAAAGGUGGUUUCUUACUCGGGAAGAGGUCUUUGGGUUCCAUUACCAUGAAGCUAAAAUCUCAGUCAGAAGCGAAGAAGAGCAAAACCGACUCAGAGCAGAAUACCCUCAGCAAACCUCUAUCUAGGACAGUUGCUGCGGCUUUUGGUAGCGAUAGCGAAGAUGAGGAAGAGAUGCCAGCAGAUGCUAAACUAAGGAUGAGGAAUGUGGGAAAGAACACACCAACGUCAUCUGGACCUAACUCCUUUAACAAAACCAAGAGUGGUUUCAGUGUUCCUCGUAACUCAUCAUGGAGAAAUGAAGAUCAAUAAACAUGUACACUUUUAUAUACAAUGUCAUACAUUUAUUGUUGUGAGUUUUAAAAAGAUGAUUAUUCAAAAUGAA